CGUCAAUCCCCGAUUGCAAUAUAAUUAAAUAUGGCGACUAAGUACAGCUCAAGUACACAUUCCACUGCAUCAAUUGGAGUACUAAUAAAUAGUGGAUCAUUUAAUUUACUCAAUUUUUCAAAUAUAAUAAUAUUAAAUACGUGUUAUUGUGUAUGACUGAGUGUUUUAUUUUUAAUUAUAUUAUCAAAUAUAAUAAUUGUUUGUGUGACAGUUGUGAUACGUGGCUGAAUCUUUGAACCCAACAAUUAACAAAACAGCUCCAAUAUAGAAAAAAAAAAAAAAAAAGAAAUCAUUCAACAUUAUACUGUUUUCUUUUUUUAAACAUUCACCAUUGCUAAGCAAGUUUUACAACAUUGAUUGCAAUUUUGUUAUUCAUUAUUAUUUAUCUGGUGUUUUUUUUUUUUUUUUUUUAAUUUUUUGUUUUUGAGGUUGAAAAAAAAAUUGAUAACAAGACUUCAAGAUAACUGACACACAAAUUAAAUAAAUUAUUUAUUUAUUAUUUUAAAAGUAUCAAAAAUAAAAUUGAGGUAUUUUAUUUGUGUGUAUGUGAUUAAUGACCAUCUGGCCCAGAAUGACCUACGAAAUGUCAAUUUUUAAUUUGGAAAAAAGACUUAAAUUAUUUCAUUCAUUUUAUCAUAUUAUUUGGAUGAAUUAUUAUAAAAAAUAAUAAACAACGUAAUUAUAUUUAUUUAUAUUUUUUAAUUGUAAAAAACAAUAAUUAUUUAUUAAGAAAUGUCAUCAGCAAUGAAAUUAAGUAUGCAAGAUAAAAAAGAUUUAGAUAAAUUUAUGAAAUUUUUGGCUCUUAAAGCUGCACAAAUUAUUGUACAAUCAAGAUCUGGUGAAAAAGUUGUAACAAAAUGUAAGCCAGAUUCAUCUGGUGCAGAUUGGUUUAAUUUAGCAGUUCAAGAUCUUCCUGAAGUUUUAGCUGAAGCUAAACGAGUAUUAUGUGGUGAAAUAUCAAGUUCAACAAUACCAUUGUGUAUUGAAAUAUCAUUGAGAACAGUUGAGGGUGAUACAAUGGUAUUAGAAACAUGGAGUCUUGGUGUAUUGCCAGAACAAACUGAUCCAACAAUACGUGUUACAUAUACUGUAUAUAAUAGAAUGGGAAUAUUAUUAAAAUCAUUAAUAUCAGUGUCAAGAGUAACACCAGCAUAUAAACUCAGUAGAAGACAAGGACCAGAUUCAUAUGUUAUUUGUUAUAGAAUUUACAUGGGUGAACCACAAUUACAUACACUAGGUGAAAAUUAUAAACAUGUAAGAGUAGGACAACUAUGUACACCAGUUGGUACAAUACAUUUAUCUGUAUCUUAUCGUACUAAAAUGACAAUAUCACCAACUCAUACAAGUCGUGAUUCAAUAAUGCUUAAAAGUGAUCAUUUUCAUUCUGAUCUUAGUCCUCGACAUACGAGAUAUCAACAAAAUGAUGAAACAUCAAAAUCACUUAGUGAAACAAUAAAAGUUGGUGCAUUUGUUAUAAAUAAACAGGUGAUUGUUAAUGAAGAAGAUUUAGUUAUACCAGAUGUACCAUUUAGUUCAUUAUUAACACCAAGACAAACAUCAUCACCACCUGGUUCAUUAAAUGAUACAACCAAUUCACCAGUUUGUGUUACAACAACAACAACAACAACAGUAACAACAUCAACACCAACAACAGCAUCAGUUAAUGUUACAAUGACAAAUACAAGUGCUUGUAUUACAACUGAUUGUAACAAUGGAAAUGACAAAAUUAAUUGUAAUGAUAAUACAACGUCUAAAUGUAAUUCAAGAAAUGGAUCUAGACGGAGUAGUUGCUCAAUCACCAGUGCCAAUGAUGAUUUCAUUAUGGUAGACUUGAAAACACCUUUUGCUGGAACAAAUUCCAACAGUGAUCUGGGUGCUUUUUACCGAGAAUGUCAGAGUGCUCCUCAAUUGCAGGCCUUUUCUGAGGAACGUACACUUGCUGAUCAAGUUGGUGAUCUUACAAAACAGCUGGAAACAUUUGAAACAAAUAUGCAUAAAUACGAGGAUAUUCUUACUUCACUCUGCCAAACUGAUAGUAAUAAUCAGUGAUGUUCAUAUUUUAUGUGAUGAUUAAGAACUGAUUAUUUACGUUUAAAAAGAAAAACAAUAUAUAUUUAUUAGAAACUCGAUAAAUAAGAAAAAUAUUAAAAUGAAAAUUCAAUAAUCAUCAUGUAAUAAUUAAUGACUGAUUUUCAUCGUUAGUAUUGAAUUUUAUAUUUUACGAAAAUCUCAGGACAUUGAUUGAUACUUAAAAAAAAAAAUCGAAGUUAGUUAAAAAGUUUUGUAGUCAAAAAAGUCGAUAAUUAGUUGAUAAUUUUUCACAACGUGCACAGAAUUGGUUCACCGUAAAGACUUUUAUGUAAAAAAAAAAUUAAAAAAGAAAAAAAAAAAUUUUUUUACAACAAUAAGAGACGAAAUAAUUGACAAGAA